CUGGCAGUGGCAUUCUCAGGAGCACUGGCAGAGUGCUGGUGUAAUGAGCAUCUCACACCCCGGGCAUAUAAUGCAGCAUUCCCCCUGCUUGCAGUGUGUUGCAGCAGGCUGCGUGCAGUGGGGGAGGUGCUAGGGCUGAUCAGGCAGUGUAAUUUUAUACAUUACUGAAUCAGUGCAGGCGAAUCCUGGAGGGGAGACGGCUACAUCUUGGCUUCAGACUGCAUCGCAGGAUCCCAUCCCAGCCAUGCUCUGAGACGGCUGCUCCACAUAUACCUGCAUUGCUCUCUCCAUCUGGGUGACUGACAAACUCCAUGUGGGGAUGGCUCUGGUCAUGGAACCUAUUAGCAAGUGGAGCCCUAAGCAAGUGGUGGACUGGAUGAAAGGGCUGGACGACUGCCUGCAGCAAUACAUCAAAAACUGUGAGCGGGAAAAGAUCAAUGGGGAACAGUUACUACACAUCACCCACCAAGAACUGGAGGAGCUGGGUGUCACCCGCAUCGGGCACCAGGAACUUAUUUUGGAAGCAGUUGAUCUGCUGUGUGCACUGAACUAUGGGCUGGAGACGGAGAACCUGCGAACGCUAUCUCACAAACUUAACGCAUCGGCCAAAAAUCUGCAAAACUUUAUAACGGGUAGAAGGCGGAGUGGGCACUACGAUGGCCGAGCCUCCCGGCGACUGCCAAAUGACUUUCUUACCUCGGUGGUGGAUCUGAUUGGUGCUGCCAAGAAUCUGCUGGCCUGGCUGGACAGGUCUCCAUUUGUCAGUGUGACGGAAUAUUCACUUCUGAAAAAUAACAUUGUUCAACUGUGCCUGGAACUCACCACCAUCGUGCAACAGGAUUGCACAGUCUAUGAAACUGAAAAUAAAAUUCUUCAUGUGUGUAAAACGUUGUCUGGAAUUUGUGAUCACAUCAUUUCUUUGUCGUCUGACUCGUUGGUGUCACAAUCCGCUCAUCUGGAGGUCGUCCAUCUAACCAACAUCAUGCCAAGCGAAGGACUGGGUAUGUACAUCAAAUCCACAUAUGACGGUCUGCAUGUCAUCACUGGAACGACGGAGAACUCUCCUGCCGACCAAUGCAAGAAAAUCCACGCCGGCGAUGAGGUCAUCCAGGUGAACCAUCAAACUGUAGUUGGCUGGCAGCUGAAAAACUUGGUCAAUGCCUUACGGGAAGACCCUAAUGGGGUGAUACUAACGCUGAAGAAGAGACCCCAAAACACUUUGGCAUCAGCACCGGCACUUCUCAAGAAUGUGAGAUGGAAACCGCUGGCACUACAGCCUGUAAUCCCCACCAGUCCGACCAGUGGAAACACUACACCUACAGGAACCAUAGGAAUGUCCUCCAAAGUGGACGGCUCUGCUCUGCACGAUGUCUUCAUCCUUUCUCCCGUCUCUGGACUUUACAGCCCAAGGGAUGACAUUGGAAUAGUGUCCUGCGACGACAUCAAUAAGUACGGAGUCAGCAAGUCGGGAAUGAAAGGCUCGGAGUCUCCCAGCUAUUUCCUAGAGCACGAGAGCGGCAAAUAUUACACGCUAAUUGAAGGUGAGGGACAUGACGUUGGCUCAGAAUAUGAGAGAGGUAGAUCUACUGGGGUGCGGAGAAGAGAAAAGACGCCGACUCACGGUGACCUGCGGCCGGUGUCCAUGCCGUCAGAAUACAGCUGGGUAGGAGAUGCCAAGGAAUCCAACAUGUAUAAGAGAGGCAGCAGAGGUGAGAACUCGCUGCUGCGCUACCUGAGUGAUGACAAAAUCCUGGUGAUACAAGAGGAGCCGGCGACGCAGAAAGACAACAAGAGGGACACGGGCCGGAGAUCCAGGAAAAAAGGCAAAAACCCGGGGAGCCCCAAUUACCCCAUCAGCCCGUCAAUGCUGACCUCAUCCGGGCGUCUGGACCCUUCUCAGCAAGAUGCCUUGACGUUCUCCCUUGCUGAGAGCAACACUGUGCCCCUAUACCAUAGAGCGGGUGACACCAUCGGGGGAGACUCUGAGAGGUACACCGGUUCUGCAGUUGAGCGCCAAGGAACCACUUCGAUGAGGAAGUCCUUCCAUUACGCAUCUCUGAGGGUUAAAACCAAAAAAAGAUCAAAGGGGAGCUCGCUCACCAGCGGCAGCAGGCGGCGCAUCUCCUGCAAAGAUCUGGGGCACGGUGACUGCGAAGGCUGGUUAUGGAAAAAGAAAGACGCCAAAGGUUAUUUUACUCAGAAGUGGAAGAAGUAUUGGUUCAUCCUGAAGGAUUCCUCCCUCUACUGGUACACCAACCAAAACGAUGAAAAGGCGGAAGGUUUUAUCAGUCUGCCGGAAUUCAGGAUAGACCGCGCCAUCGAGUGCAGGAGGAAACACGCCUUCAAAGCGUGUCAUCCCAAAAUUAAGAGUUUCUUCUUCGCUACAGACUGUCUUGAAGAAAUGAAUAGAUGGAUGAACCGGCUGGGGCUCGCUGCCAUUGGGUAUACGCCAGAUGAGAAGGACAUCAGACCUAAUGAAGAUUACUGGAGUGAAAGUGACCAGGAUGACAUCGAUGGUUCUAUGACUUUAAAGCAGGAACAUCCGACGACAGUGAGUGACACCUACCAUCGAAAUUCCUCGGUCAAUUCUUCAAGUCCGUUUCCCGAACAGAAGCACGGCCGCCACUUUUCAAGCGAAUCCACCUACUCCCAUUCCUCUGCGGAAGAAUCCAGGCCGGAUGGCCUCGGCAGUACCCACUCCUCCGGGUGCCGGCCCACCUACAGAGAGAGGCGCUCCUGGCAAGAUCUAAUAGAGACUCCUCUGACCAGUUCUGGGCUUCACUUCCUCCAGACGGUCCCCCCGGAUGCGGAGUACGUAGCCGGGCGAACCGGAAUGUCCCCUGAGAGGAGGAAACAAGCCACGCUGCCGGUCCAGAGGCGCCACAACCACGAAAGAGAUGGCCCCUUCCCUCUGGCAGAGUGCCCCAGGGGGCAUGCCACCCAUGCCAGGAUGGAGAAGCAGCGCAGUCAGAGCUUGCCAAGGAACAGGGACGCUAGAGGGAAAUCCCGCAGCAAGAACGCCGGGCUAUUGGAGGAGAAGUCGGAAGUGGAGUUCCUGAAGCAGAAGGCCGGCAAUUCCAUCAAAGAAGACAGCAAGAAAGACAACGGCUCAAGCACAGACGGACUGCAGGAGCUCUACAGAACCCUGGAACACGCCAGCCUAUCAGCAUUCGGGGAGCAGCGACCUUCAACCAAGCAGGAGUUCCGGAGGUCAUUCAUAAAACGGUGUAACGACCCCGUUAUCAACGAAAAGCUUCAUCGUAUUCGGGUCUUGAAAAGCACUUUAAAAGCAAAAGAAGGGGACCUGUCAAUCAUAAACUGUCUUCUAAACGACCCAGCUUUGACGUCCAAAAAAUUCAAAGACUGGAAGCAAAAAAACAUUGAGUUCUUCAUGGAUAUUUGUGAGUAUAGCGGAACCCUGAAACCUCAGAACGGUGCCUCAGAACUCGCGGCACCGGCCCCCCAGCUCACGCACACACAUUCAUUCAUUGAAACGCAUGUCUGACCGGGAGCAGCGCCACAGGGACAAGCUGAUGGCGCCCUGGAAGAAGCACUGUCUGUUUUGUACAUAAUGUAAUCAAAUGGACUGUACAUAGAUUGGAUAAGACGUUAGAGCCACAGGAUGCCUAUGACAUUGCAUGAACAAGCCAGUAUUCUUAGUUGGUCUUUAUUUUUUACUUUGCUGUUUGUAUCAGAAUCUGCAACAUGGAAUUAUUACGGAGUUUCUAAGCGCCCAUUACCUACGCACAGUGGAGCCAUUAGGUGUGUCUGGUGCCCGCGGCAAUGUAAUGGGGGUCUUAGAGGGCUGCACAAGGCUUCAGAAGCACUUGGCCAGCCGCCCAUGACUUGUCCGUGUCACAAACAUGACAUAACCACAUAGGAUGCCUGGCCGUGUUCCAGUGUAGCCGUUCAUGUUGGGCCGUCUAACAGGUAGCAUGGUAGUCCACAAAACGCCUGUCUCCACUGCGUGCAGGUGAUCGGUGCCCUUUACGUACUGUAUAAAGUCAUGGACUCCACGCGUUUUAUAUAUUUAGAUAUGCAAGCGCUGUCUGCAUUGGACACUGCAUCUAUGUAUAUAAAAUGAUACAUGAUAGUCAAACCUUACAAUACUAUAAACUAUUUCUGGUCUGUCACACCUGACUAGCAGAUACAAUAGCAUUUCGGUCAUCACUCUUCACCAUUGUUACAUUUUGUAAUUAAGAACUCCUAGCAGUAGAGGAAGACAAGGUUCCAGGCUAAACAGAAACGGCUCAGCCCCUUAGUGCCUUAAGAUGUGUAUUGUGCAUCCUGCAAACAGCGGUUUCCUUGUAAGAAAGAGAGCUUGGGACAUGCACCACCAGGCCAGGACAUCUUCAGGACUUGUGACUAACUGUUAUUGGGAUGCGUCAUCUAAGGUGGCUUUCAGUCAACUCCAGAGCUCUCGGGACCUGAACGGACUUGUAUUAAUGAUAGUAGUCAUUGCAGGAUGAUCGAUCUAUCCACUGUGAUUCUAACGCCACUAGCCUGUGACUUAAGUCAUUUACGAUACUAUUGCACCAGAGACUGAAUGCGAAAUGCAGCAGCCCCGUCACUCCCACUGGAAAGUCAAUUUUCUGUUUGCGAAACGCGUUAGUGCAGCCAGACACGAGGAGCAAGGUGAAAAAAAAUCCAAUACGUACAAUAACAGUGGGCGCUGCUCACGUGGUUCUUCCAACAAUUGUAAUGUUUACUGCUUAUAGUCGAGGUCUGUCUCUUGUUAACUGUCAGCUCUUUGCGGCACGUCACAUGUGUUACUUUCAAGGGCAAUCCUUCACUGUUGUCACACGCCAGUAGAAAUGCAUACGGUAUUCUGUAACACGUACUGUGGGGACAGCGCCGCGGUGACAUGCAGAUAGUUGUAGGAAGGGCGUGGAGUGGACGGACUGAGAUUACUCAUUAUGACGUGCAGGUUAGGUCAUACGAUGUGAAUAGCAGACUCUACAAGGCACUUGAAUUUUAAUGGCAUGUAUAAAAGUGGAGAAUAAUGUAUAAGGUGGAGUUACGAACAAAAAUCUAUUUUAUUUUAUUUGGCGAUUUAAAGGUAGAAAUGUUUACAAGAAAAACACUAAACCAGACUCGGAACCCGGCUCUCCCGAUACGUAGGGCGUGUCUGUUCUAUUCAUUACCUAGCCCUGAUCCAUUUACUCCGGAAAGCAAAUCACCGUCCAAAUAUCAUUUUUAUUUUGCAACAAAUACCUGACGCGUUUUACAUUAUGUCCACUUUUAUUCAUGCCGUCAUUCUAUUUUAAAGAAAAUAUAUUUUUAUAUAUAUUUAUUGAAUAAAAGAGGGUGUCCACCUAGGUUUUUUUUUUUUAAUAACAAUAAUAAUAAUAAUAAUAACUCCCUAAUGCCCAAUGGGCACAUUCACCAACAUCUCUCCCAUUCUACGGAACCAAUGAAAGUAGACCGUUAUACUAGUUGUUAUGGCGCGGUCACGUCUCCUGCCUCCACCACUAUUAUUCUGCCAGCCUAAGGAUGGGGCACCAAGGUCUGACGUAGAGACCACCAGUCUGGAUCUGUGGCAUGCGGACCAUAGUGAUGGUAUAACCUCCUUUAUAUACAGCUGAUAUCACUAUUAUAUAUAAAGCCAACACCUAUAUAUGUCCUUAAUAAUGGAAAUGUAAAAGUACUUUAGAAUAAGAACAGGGCGGAUUAUCACCGUGCAUGGGAUACUUGUGUAUUAUAUUGCUGAUAAUAUAACCCCACAGUAUUCAUUGUUGUAGAUUAUAGGAAUAUUUGAUUUCCCAGGAGAUUAAAUCAUUUUCUUUUAUAAAGGGGACAGAAUUCGGAGAAUUUAAAUAUCCUUAUAAACUUCAUCAUGGGAAGUGUUAUUCACUGUAGUGCUGGGUAAUAUAAUGGACUGACGGCAGCAUUAGGUUCCAGCGUUAGGUUAUAUAUAGUGAGAGCGCGGUAUAUUAGUUAUAAUUUAUUGCAGUAUAUCUCAGUGUUCACUAGUAAUCCAAAAUGGAUUUCUCAGGUUAAUCCCGUAUCCCUGCACCUGUAACCUGUAGCAGACCAGCCCUCGCUGUGUCCACUCGCUGAUCUUCUCCGAUUUAUACGCCAAUCUCUGUAAGGCGACGGACGCCAGGACGCUGACAGCAUCUAAAUGCACAAUGGCAGCUGAUGGUGGGGUUUGCAGACCUAAACCUAAUAGGACUCUUCUCGUUUGUCCUCCCAAUUACCAAAACAUUGCGUUCCACAUUACUCCUAAAUGCUCCUAGGCUUUUCCCUCGGCAGGUCACUGUGAUUACUACGCUGUUCCCGGGGAACGCCGAACGUUUAUUCUUUGCUACCCAUUACACUUCUCAUUGCCAUCCAAACACUUGGUCCUCGAUGGGACGUUUUGAGUUGGACGAGUCACUGUGAUUAAAGGAAGGAUUACCACUGUUAGUUUUGGAUGCAAUUUGGGCACGCUUGUCUUUCGAGGAGUCAGCGCCUUGCGUACAAACCGCUGACGGAACUGGUGUCUCAGUGUAUUCUGAGGAUGACUGCUCCUAGGCUGUUGGCCAACCAAGGACACACUCAUACCUCCGCAUCAUCAGCACCCAUCGGUCCUAAACUGGGGAUGUAGUCCAAUACACAUAGGAACAGCAGGUGUCUGCUUUACUCCUGGACUAGGAAUUAAUGUACCUUUUCGGCAAAGGGUUGCCAAAUCUGCACAUACCGGAAGCUGCGAGUACCGGCAACUCCGAGUCCUGUAAAUAUUUCAUCUUCCUGUAAAUAUAUAUAGGCACAUAUAUAACUGAAUAUUUUUUAUAAAUUAUAUAACUCCGUAUUACCACGGGCAGAAUGUGACACACCGAGGGGACAAUACUGAUGUACAGUAUAUUAUCGCAGUUAUUUAUUUGUUCUAUAUGUAGCAAGUUCAUAAAUAAAAAAAAAAAAAGGAAGAAGAGAACAUUUUGUUAACAAAUAAUAAACUCAGUUUGCAAAACCCAUUGCAUAGAGGCAGCUCCGCACUGACCUUUUAUUCCUUUGUAAAUGUUACGCAGCGUUUAUUUAACCGCACCAAAAAAAAAAAAAAAGAAGUUUCAUUGCACAUGGAUUACACAAUUAAACACGUGACGCACUGUACUCCGGGGAUACUAUGUGACUCUACACUGACUGCAUUACAGGGAACGCAAUGUUUUCUCACCUGCAAAUACAGGCUGACUCUUCCAUAUCAGAAGGAUCUGGGGGUUUUCUGUAUUGGAAUAUUUGCAUCCCAUAAUGAGAAAUCUGCGGAUAGGACCCAAAUCUAUACACAAAUGCAUUUAUGUUUCAUAUAUACCUUACACACGUAGCCUGAAGGGCAUUUUAUACAAUAUUUUUGUCCAUUCUGUGCGUUGUUAUACAAGUUUGUGUACAUUGGGUUUAAUUCAUGUCUGUAUGCUAAUGUCUACACAAUUGCGUUAUUCUAGGUUAGGCACCUUAGUGUGCAGUGCGAUUGCGGCACAUCCUGAUAAUCGCUCUGUUGGAAAAUAUCGGAAUUGCGUACAAACAUUAAAGCCCAUUGAACCAUCAGAAAGCAAAGGUGCCGCAAUCCAAGUCAUGCUCCGUGGGAUUUUCGGACAUGGGAGACCUCAGUUGCCCUCCUGCAUUUACAGUAUAUGUGUAUCUAGUAUAAUAAUAUACAUCGUAUGUGAUACAGAAAUAUAAUGCACAUCUUAUAUAAGAUAUUUACAUUAGGGAGUGCAUUAUUCAUGAUAAUACACACUUCCUAAUAAACGAUUUAUAGAAAUCCCUCCUGUGAUUGGCUCUACAAGUUCCGCAGCCUCUCCAAUCUGACUGUUACAGAGUCUGUACAUCGCAAGUUACCAGGCGGCAGACGCUCGUAGUCCACUUUACCCCCUAAGGUGACAUAUUACCAUUAAAUAGAAUAUUACAAUAAAUAGUUAUCUUCUUACUAUAGGAAGAAUUGUCUCUGGGCCUGAUUUGAAGUUGGGAAUAAAUUAAGAAAGAGCAAGUGAAGACCCCCAUACGCCUGCCUGCCAUCUCCCCUAUUCCCCGGUCGGCUACCCUCAAUGAACGGUGUUCCGUCUGGGAUUCUGGGAAAAUCUUCAUGUUAAAAAUCCCUGAUUUGCGAAGCAGAUCAGAGAGUCGGGAUUUCGAAACUUGUUGAAUAUUCCCAUUUUCCCGAUCCAGGUAUGGGGGGGGAAUUGUUACAAUGGGUCGCAGAGUUAUGGGGUCUUACCUGUGCACCUAGACAAACCACGCUGCAAUGCAGGUGCAAAUACAUGUAUUAUUUUUGCAUGCAGGAUAAAUACUGGCUGCUUCUGCAUGUAGCCCACAAAUCCUGGACAGCUUAUUCUUACACUGCAAGUUAGAUUUCAGUUUGGCCACACCCCACCCAAAUAUACAUCUCUCUGCGCAUUUUAAAUACGCCCCCCUGCAGUGCCUCAUGGUUUUACCAAGGUGCGAAGCUGCCUGCUCUUUCCUACUUUACUCCCAAAUCAGAAUCAGUUCCUAAAAUACUAUAAGGGGCAAAUGUAUCAAAGCUUAGAGAGAGAGACAAAGUAUCAGCCAAUCAGCUUCUAACUGCCGCGUUACAGGCUGAGCUGAUUGGCUGGUACUUUAUCUCUCUCUACUUUAGGGCUGAUUCAGCUGUAGCUGGAGUUGCAGCAGUGAUCUCACUAAUAUGGUAACGCAGCGUUACGCCUCCCUCUGCAUUACUGAUCCGAGCUGCAUCCAAAGGCACAGGAUUGGACCAUAAAAUUACUGACAGUCUGAUGCCGUAAUAAGACCGACAUCGCAGAGCCGAACAUCGGUACUUUGCAUCAUGUGCCGCAACUACAACCAGAGCUGAAUCAGGCCCACUAUCUCUCUCCAAUCUUUGAUACAUUUCCCCCACACACACACUCCACAAAGUAGCAACAACUGAAAGUAAUGUUAUACAGAUCUACAGAGAAUAUUGUGUGUCCAGACAUAAAGUAGAAUAUUAAUAAAAAAUUGCAGAUUGUAAUAUAAAGACAAACAUUUAUAGGUGGCUGCAAAGUGGGUAUGACGCCAGCUGGCGUUAAGGGAACGGACAGAUAUGCGAGAUUGCAGAACAGGGAACUUUAUGGCGGCGACAAGCUGUACGGCUGGAAGGCAGCGCGGAGGUGUGAGGGGUCUGUCGCAUGUAGGCAAAGGUCACACAAAUGCGUCUUGUUCAUGCUCUAGACGUGCUGAGCCCCUCCAGGUAGCAGUCAUCUGUAAUGGUCCACGGUCACCUUGAGUUUUGAUUACAGCCAUUUAAUGAUGAUCCCACAAAACGAUUUCGCUCCCAAAUAUUCAUCUUUUAGUCUACAAUCAGCAUUUUAUUACAGCACCCCCAGGCCAAAAGUUUUUUAUUGAUAAAUUCAGAAAAAAAUAUAAAUGUAUGUAAAUUGUGCCUACCUGUCGCCCUUAGGGUCAGUUAUGUGGCGGGGGCAGGGCUGCGCUCACCUGUCGCCCUUAGGGUCAGUUAUGUGGCGGGGGCAGGGCUGCGCUCACCUGUCGCCCUUAGGGUCAGUUAUGUGGCGGUGUACAGAGCUGUGUUUCCAAUUGUUCACAUAUUUUAAGAUUGGCAGCCGCCAGCUCUGGUUUUGCCAGUCACCUUGACGGUAAAUAAUUUGAUUUGGUCCUGGGGCACCCCUACAAGUGCCUCAAACCACCCCAGGGUGUCACAGCACCCAGCUUGGGAACCACCGGUCUACAUGAUGCAGAUUUCAUCACAGUAUAGUUAUACUGACCGCUCAGAGCCACUGGCACCUUUGUGCCCUUAUCACUUGGGGGUCCCCUGAAAGCAGCCGCACAAAGGACGCAUGACCGGACAAUAGGACAUUUCCCAAAAAUGUCACCGAGUUUAUUCAAGGUUUUUUAUUUGCAGAUCACAAAACAUUAACAAGAAAACAGAACAGAAAAUCCAGAGCGCAAUGAACUUGUUCCUCGAUUUGGAACCCAUAACACUGACCUUUACCGACCGCUAUGGCGGGAAGACGCUGAAGAAGACAUACGGGUAAAGGAGGAUACAAUGCUGGAAAGACUAUUGGCCCCAUGUAUACAGGGGCAAGGGAGGUGGCUGAGACCCAGGCCCAUUACUGCCUGGGGCCCAGCAGGAGAGGACAAUGAGUGACACUUUAUAUCCUCCAGGUCAGAGAACAGAGUUUGGGAUAUUGCCCCUUGGUGAGGGCCAGAAUCGGGGCACUUUGAAUAAAGGGGCAUUUGCAUAUGGCCCACAAUUAAAUGAAUAAUGGAGCCUGAAUAAAUUACCCCGAUCUCAGCCCCCUGGUGUCAUAGGAAGAGAGACCCCUUGUGGAAAUAUUUCAGUCGUACCCCUUACCGUUACCAAGCCUGAACAUACCAAGUCCCUCCUGUGUUGUUGGCUCAAUGCCAGUCCGUGUACAUGUUUCUUUGGGGUACAGCGGCAAGUUCCCCAGCAUGUUUUACAAUGGGGCUUGUGAACCCUCUAUUAUAGGUGACCCAGUGUCUGACAUAUAAUGUAUGUAGCCACAUUAGCAGGUGCCAUGUACACUCACUCACAUCUGCUAUCCUGGCAGAACCAACUGUGCCCAGGCAACCGAAUGUCAUCUAAUGCCAGGAAAGGGUAUCAUUUAUAUGCUAGCUAACGGGGAGAUUUAUCAAAUCCUGGAGAGAUAAAGCAGUUGUCCAUAGCAACCAACCCGAUUGUGUCAUUUUACAGGCUGCGCUGUAUAAGUGAGUUAUUGGUUGCUAUGGGCAACUUCCCCGCUUUAUCUCACUUCAAGAUUUGAUAACUCUCCCCCGGCAUAAGACGCUGUUAACCAUUUGAUUUUAGUUCUGUAGUUAUAGCAGAUAACUAAUUUUUCUACCAUUUCUCAAUAGCAUAAUAUUAUUUAUACAUGGUAGAAUGAGCCCCCUGUUGUACAUUAUAAUGAUAUUGUGACUCACAGAGGAGAACAUACAAAGCUCCGUGGCCACACGCCUUGUAAUAUCCAGAAUAAUGUAAAGCAGAGGCUGCGUCAUUCCUGGUAAUAUCCAAAUCCCCCUAAUGAGCACUGAAGCCUUGCCCUCUGAGCUUACACUCUGUAUUAUUUACAAGCGUUCCUUCCUAUAUUAUUAAGCUGACUUGUGUAUUAUAUAAAGGUACUGCCUCUCACAGAAUAAAUGGCUAUCUACA